GCAUUGUUGUGCAAGCAACUAUUGCAUUCUGAAUUCUGACAGCUAUACAUCUUAUGGUCGUAGCUUGAAAAAAUGGACUCAUUUUAGUUCAUAGAGUUGAUUGAGGUGGUCUUUGACAGAAAGGUUUUUUCAAGAUAAUGGGCUUUCUUAAGACAUGGAGAUGUUCAUGGUCUUUGGUAGCAAUAAUUGCUUCACUUGUGGUGUUGGCUUCAAUGGUUCAUUUGUUCUUGGUUCCUUUGGUGCCCUCUUCUCUCUAUUACACCAACAAUCGAGAAGUUCAGAGUUCUUGUUCUCCACUUAUUAGAUCGAGUGAAGGAGGGAAGGAUCAUGUGGUAAGGAAUUUUGAGCCAACUCUUGAUUUAGAACGUCGGUUCCCGGCAGACGUGCAUAAAGCGGUGGACUACCAUGGUACGCCAUGGCAAGGAAAGAUCGGCCGGUGGCUUUCUGGUUGUGAUUCAGUUACUAUGCCAGUCAGUGUUGUCGAGGAAAUAGGUGGGAAUGGCUGCAAGAAUGACUGUAGUGGUCUAGGUGUUUGUAACCGGGAAUUGGGACAAUGCAGGUGCUUUCAUGGAUAUUCUGGGGAAGGUUGCUCCGAAAGAUUGCAGUUGGAGUGCAAUUAUCCAAGAACACCAGAGCAACCAUAUGGGCCAUGGGUUGUGUCAAUCUGUGCCUCUUAUUGUGAUAUGACAAAAGCAAUGUGUUUCUGUGGAGAAGACACAAAAUAUCCAAAUCGGCCUGUUGCAGAGGCAUGUGGAUUUGAACUGAGCUCUCCAUCUGAACCUGGUGCUCCAAAAGUGGCCAAUUGGUCACAGCCUGAUCUAGAUAUUUUCACAACGAACAAUAGCAAAGCUGGAUGGUGUAAUGUGAACCCGGAGGAAGCAUAUGCAUCCAAGGUUAGAUUCAAGAAGGAAUGUGAUUGCAAAUAUGAUGGCCUCUCGGGUCGUUUCUGCGAAGUUCCUGUGCAGUGCACAUGUCUGAACCAAUGCUCUGGUCAUGGACAUUGUCGUGGUGGAUUUUGUCAGUGCUACAGUGGUUGGUAUGGAACAGAUUGCAGUAUCCCGUCUGUUUUAUCAUCUGUACGAGAGUGGCCUCGAUGGCUUCGGCCUGCCACAGUUGAUGUUCCUGAUAGUGCACAAUUCAGCAGCAGCCUUGUCAACAUUAAAGCUGUGAUUAAAAAGAAAAGGCCCCUUAUAUAUGUCUAUGAUUUACCACCUGGAUUCAACAGUCUCCUCCUUGAGGGUCGACAUUACAAGCUUGAAUGUGUAAACCGGAUAUAUGAUGAUCAGAAUGCAACAUUGUGGACAGAUCAGUUAUAUGGAGCACAGAUUGCGCUCUAUGAAAGCAUCCUGGCUAGCCCUUAUCGAACAUUAAAUGGUGAAGAAGCGGACUAUUUCUAUGUUCCUGUUCUAGAUUCAUGCAUUAUAACUCGUGCUGAUGAUGCACCCCACUUAAGUAUGCGGGAGCACAUGGGUUUGAGGAGCUCUCUAACCCUCGAGUUCUAUAAGAAUGCAUAUGAUCACAUAGUUGAGAAUUAUCCUUACUGGAAUCGCUCGGCAGGAAGAGACCAUAUCUGGUUUUUUUCAUGGGAUGAAGGUGCUUGCUAUGCUCCUAAAGAGAUUUGGAACAGCAUGAUGUUGGUACACUGGGGAAACACAAAUUCAAAGCAUAACCACUCAACAACAGCAUAUUGGGCUGACAACUGGGACCAUAUUCCUUCGCAUAAGAGAGGCAAUCAUCCGUGCUUUGAUCCUGAGAAGGAUCUUGUGCUUCCUGCAUGGAAACGACCAGAUCCAAGUUCCUUAAGAUUAAAACUGUGGUCGAGGCCCCAUGAAAAACGUAAGACACUAUUCUACUUCAAUGGAAAUCUUGGACCAGCUUAUGCUAAUGGCAGGCCAGAAGAUACGUAUAGCAUGGGUAUCAGGCAAAAGCUGGCGGAAGAAUUUGGAUCAAGCCCUAAUAAAGAAGGAAAACUAGGGAAACAACAUGCAGAAAAUGUUACUGUAACCACAAUACGAGCUGUGAAUUAUUAUGAGGAUUUGGCAAGCUCUGUUUUUUGUGGGGUAUUACCUGGAGAUGGUUGGAGUGGUCGAAUGGAAGAUAGUGUCUUAAAUGGUUGCAUCCCUGUGGUUAUUCAGGAUGGGAUCUACGUGCCAUAUGAGAAUGUGCUCAAUUAUGAUAGCUUUGCUGUGCGAAUUCAAGAGGAUGAUAUUCCAAACUUGAUAAAGAUUCUAAGGGGAUUCAAUAAAGAAGAAACCGAAUUCAAGUUGGCAAACGUUCAAAGAAUCUGGCAGAGGUUCUUGUAUCGUGAUUCUGUUUUACUUGAAGCUGAACGUCAAAAAAGUGCUUCUGGCCGUGUGGAUGAAUGGGCUGUUGAAUUCUUGAGACUGAUUGAAGAUGAUGUCUUUGCCACAUUCAUACAGGUUCUACACUACAAGUUACACAAUGAUCCUUGGAGACGUCAACUUAGUUACAUGAAAAAGGACUAUGGAUUGCCAACGGAGUGCUUGAUAAAAACCAGGUGAGGAGUUGCAAAUGAUCAGCAAAACUAUACUAAAGAAUCCCAGUUAUUGAGCUGAAGCAAGAAGAAGCAGAGACCCGUCUAUGCUCCUGCAUGUUUCAUUCAACAACUGAAUGUGUGAGACCACACAAUUGGUAGAGAAAGCGGCAUCCAAUUAUAAUUUGGGGCAAGCCCCAUUGUA